AUGUCAGUCUUUCCUGCCCACGGCUCACCGCGGCCCUCCCAACGCUCCGGAUUCGACUUUGACGCCGACUUCUCCAACAAUGCCGCCGUGCCACCCCUCGUCAGCCCCGCACUCACGCCCUCCCACACACCUUUUCACGACGGUCAACGGCACGACAGACAGCCCGCCAGUGUACCCGUUGAACAGCCCGAUCAGAAGACAACUGGCGAUGCCGAGCCGAAGCUGCUGGAGAAGCUGCCCGAGGUGCACUGUGAGGUACGGGCACGUAUCCCGACGACAACCGGCCAAGAAAUGUUUCUACACCUGUACCGCAACAACGUAGACGAAAAGGAGCAUUUGGCGAUUGUGUUUGGUCCACACAUUCGCAGUCGGAGUUUAGACGAACCACGGCCACAUGAGACGGAGCGAGACCGCAUGAUCCGCGGCGCAUAUACCGGUACUUUGUUCCCUGGCCGUACCCAUAGCCGACUUGAUCAGAUUCGGCAGGAUGCAGGCGUGACGAAAUCUCCUCAUAUCAACGGUUCGCCAGUGUCCCCAACUUCUCCCACAAAGGACUGGUCAUACUCUUCCUAUCCUUCGGAGCUAGGCCCACCAUUGGUGCGCAUUCAUUCCGAGUGCUAUACCGGAGAGACGGUGUGGUCCGCGAGAUGUGACUGUGGAGAGCAAUUAGACGAAGCAGCCCGUCUCAUGUCGCUUCCCGCUCCCUCGCCUAGUACAUCGCCAGCUCUUGAAGAUGGCCCCGUAACGCGCUUGCCAUCGUCAGGUGGCGUCAUUGUCUACCUGCGACAAGAGGGGCGUGGAAUCGGACUUCUUAGCAAACUGCAGGCAUACAAUCUUCAGGAUCUGGGUCACGACACAAUGGAGGCUAACAUCCUCUUGCGACACCCUGGAGAUGCAAGAUCGUACGGUCUGGCGACGGCCAUUUUGCUCGAUCUUGGAUUGGGUGGAGACAAGGGCAUAAAACUUCUUACUAAUAAUCCUGAAAAGGUCCGCGCGGUCGAGGGACCAAACGGGGAAGUUCGUGUCGUUGAGCGGGUGCCUAUGAUUCCACUGGCAUGGUCCUCAGGUGGAAAGGAGGGCGUUCAAGGCCCGGAAGUGGAGAAAUACAUCUCGACCAAGAUCGAAAAGUUCAAGCACAUGUUCUCGUCGUGA